AACGAUGAGGAAAACAGUUUAGCAAACAAUAGUGUAAAAAAUGCACUUAUGGGUAUAAAAGACAAAGACAAAACGGUAUUGGGUAACAUAAUUGUUGUCCAAAUAAAUGGAUCCGAUCCCAAAGGAAGUUUAGACAAAGUUUGUGCUGCAUGGGAUCCAGCGGUUCGUGAUGGUGGUCCAGGUGUACCAGAUUUAGUUCUUGAUACAACACGCAGUGGUUUUGGUGCCGAAGCAAUUAAUUCCUUUACAGCUUCUAUUGGAGUUCCAACUUUUUCUUCACAAUUUGGUCAAAAAAAUGAUUUAAGACCCUGGAAUGAUGUAACACCUGAUCAAAAAAAUUAUCUUGUUCAAAUAAUGCCACCCGCUGAUCUAAUUCCUGAUGCAAUUCGUCAACUCUGUUCCGAAAUGAAUAUCACAAAUGCUGCAAUUAUUUUCGACACAGAUUUCGUUAUGGAUCAUAAAUAUAAAAGUCUUCUUCUUAAUAUUCCAACCCGACACGUUAUUGUUCAGUCUAAAAUAAAUACCAAUGAAAUUUUAAAUCAAUUACAGCGAUUACGUGAUCUUGAUAUUGUUAACUUUUUUAUUUUGGGUGAAGAAAUAACAUUAAAAAGUUACUUGGAUGCUGCCGAAAUUAAAAAUUUUACGGGACAUAAAUAUGGUUGGUAUGCAUUGACGAUGAAUGAAAAUUUAGAUUUAAAAUGUGAAUGCCGAAAUAUAUCUGUUGUAUUUUUUAAACCAAUUUUAACAACAUCGAAUCAACAACAUUUGAGUACUCUAACAACCCAAGGUCUAUUACCAUCACCCUGGUUAGCAUCUGCUUUUUACUAUGACUUUGUACGCGUCGGAGUUGAAGCAAUCAGAUCAGUUAUUAAAAAUAAUAAAUGGCCAAAUGAACCCUAUCAUAUAACUUGUGAUGAAUUUAAUGGAACAAAUACACCAAUACGUAAUUUAAAUUUACUAUCACAUUUACGGGAAGCUACAAAAAAUGGAUUUGAACCGACAUUUGCUGGAUUUAGUUGGGGUAAAAGUAACGGUGAACAUCAUGCUCAAUUUGAUAUGCGUAUACAAAUGGUAGUUAUUGAAAAUGGUAAUAUUGUAUCGGCUGAUGAUUUGGGCACCUGGAAAGCAGAUAUUGAAUCACCUUUAAACCUUACAGACACUGAUUCAAAAGUUGCAAAACACACGGCAGUAACAAGUUUUCGUAUUGUAACGGUACGUAUUGCACCAUUUGUUGAUAUUAAUGCAACAGGACAUUGGGAAGGUUAUUGUAUCGAUUUGAUAAAUGAAGUUCAAAAAAUAAUGAAUUUUGAAUACGAAAUAUAUGAAUCACCUGAUGAUAAAUUUGGAACGAUGGAUGAAGAUGGUAAUUGGGACGGGAUGAUUAAGGAAUUAAUAGACAAACGUGCUGAUAUUGCAUUGGGUACAUUAUCUGUUAUGGCUGAACGGGAAAAUGUUGUUGAUUUUACUGUACCAUAUUAUGAUCUUGUUGGUAUAUCAAUUCUUAUGAAGAAAAAAAAAGAAGAAACGUCGUUAUUUAAUUUUUUGACGGUAUUAAAUCAAACAGUGUGGUUGUGUAUAUUAGGGGCAUAUUUCUUUACAAGUUUGCUAAUGUGGAUUUUUGAUCGUUGGUCACCGUAUAGUUAUCAAAAUAACAAAGAAAAAUAUAAAGAUGAUGAAGAAAAACGUAUAUUCCAUUUAAAAGAGUGCUUGUGGUUUUGCAUGACAUCACUGACACCUCAAGGCGGGGGUGAAGCACCGAAAAAUCUUUCCGGACGAUUAGUUGCUGCUACCUGGUGGCUAUUUGGAUUUAUCAUUAUUGCAUCAUACACAGCUAAUUUAGCGGCUUAUUUGACUGUUGCACGAUUAGAGCAACCUAUUGAAUCACUUGAUGAUUUGAGUAAACAGUAUAAAGUACAGUAUAGUCCGAUAAAUCCGUCUGAAGCCUACACUUAUUUCAAACGAAUGGCUGAUAUUGAGGAAAGAUUUUAUGAAAUAUGGAAAGAUAUGAGUUUAAAUGACAGUAUGUCAGAAAUAGAACGUGCUAAGUUAGCGGUUUGGGAUUAUCCAGUAAGUGAUAAAUUUACAAAAAUGUUUCAACAAAUGCAAGAAGCCGGAUUUCCUAAAAAUCGAGCAGAAGCUAUUGGACGUGUUCGUAAAGAAAUUCCAAAAUAUAAUAACACUGAUUUUGCAUUUAUCGGUGAUGCCACUGAAAUACGUUAUUUAGAAAUGACAACAUGUGAUUUAAUUAUGAUUGGGGAUGAAUUUUCACGUAAACCAUAUGCUAUGGCUGUGCAGCAAGGAUCACCCUUGAAAGAUCAACUAAAUAAUGCGAUAUUGAAACUACUUAAUCAACGUAAGCUGGAAACAUUUAAGAGUAAAUGGUGGAGCAGGAACCCAUACAGAGUUGAUUGCACGAAAAAGGAUAGUCAAAGUGAUGGUAUAAGUAUUCAAAAUAUAGGAGGAGCUUUUAUUGUUAUAUUUGUCGGUAUUUUACUUGCUUGUUGUACUUUAGCUUUCGAGUACUGGUACUAUCGUUACAGACCACGUGCUCAAGCUAAAAAACUUAAAAAGUUAAAUAGUAAAAAUGGUGGUGGCAAUAAAAUAUCAUCACAGCGUAUUAAGCCAACGAGAUUUAAUCUAAAACCAGCUCGUAAAGCUUUUGAAGAUUCAGGAACUGAAUUUCGUGCGAGGUUUUAAAUAAUCAAAAUUUUCCGCUUAGAAUUUUUCUAUUUUAAAAUUACGAUAUUGUGCCUUGAUAUUAAAAUACCGGAUACGGGUUUCAUGGUUACGUGGGAUCAAUUGUUACAA